GGGGGGUGGUGGGUAUGCGUGGAUCGGUCGGGGAAAAAAAAACAUUGCUCAAGGACAGUGGAAUUUGCCCAGGAAUACAUCAACUCAGUAAUGGAUCAUGUGAUGUGGUGAUUGUGGCCUUGUGUGGCCGGUGGCCCUUGUUUACGCUCCGACCGGUCCACAAUUCAUGAGGCAAGUAUUAAAGGCAGGGUUCCUUCAAACCAGCUUCGCAUCUUACUCGCAUGUCAUGAAGCCUAUUACCACAUUUCCAUUUAGUUACCUCCCAGUUGAGCUUGUCCUCGUCAUCCUCAGAUAUUACGUCCAACCCACCUUUGAUCAGACUGCUCCAUAUUACUCUAAAAGUCCAUAUUCUAAUGCACGCGCCCUCUGUCAUUUCUCCAGAGCUGUCAGGCGGGCGGUACUUCCAGAACUCCUCCAUACAAUACUGCUUAAAGACGAUGACACAGUGAGAGUGUUCGUGCAUGCUCUACAUAUGCAAAAAAUGUACGCGGAGAAAGCAAACCACCUCCGUUUCGACUACAUUCCCCAUGUGCACAAGAUCUGGAUGGGACCCCAUGGUGGCCGCGAUCUCUCACCAGCUUGCUUGCGCCACAUCGCAUGGGCCUAUACACAGAUUGAGCAUCCGCUUUCCAUCAGCCUCCUCUCUCCGGUGCUACUCGCUGCACCAUCCAUUGCCAUUGACUGGACAAGUAUGGACCUUCUUGAAGGAUGUCUGGAACAUGCAUGGAAGUCCCGUGCAGCCACACAUGCCAACAACGAACAUUCUCCACCUCCCUGGAACACCCAAACCCUGAUCCUGUCCGAGUCGCAUGAGCCCUUCACCAGCGGCGCACGGUGGGGGCGCCUCACGGACACUCCCCAGGGAUCUGCAUUCCUGGAAUCAAUCUCUCACCUCUCAACCACCACAUCCAUCCUCCGGUCGAGCGCAUCAUCCUACCGCAUGCCUCCGUGGAUGGAGGUCACUCCAUGGGCUUCUUUCAAAAGCCUUCAAAUUGUCUCAUUGCCGUACUUGAUUGCUAUCGAACCCCUCGUUGGCAUCGGGCUGGUGAACGGCGUGCACGUCGAGCUGUUGACAUUGCCUGCAUCCCUGCUAAGGGACCACCACGGCUGUAUUCCCGAUUUCAUGGGGAAGAUAAAGGUGUUGGAUCAGAGAAGUUUCGUAGAGGAGAUUAUUCGAUCAGAUGGUGUUCAUUUAAAGAAAUUUUGGGCAAGCAUGUUGUAAAGUGGACUUGGGGCGUUAUGUAAAUAACCCCAGAUAGUGAUGCACCGCUCUUUUUACUAAAUCGUCCUCAACUUCACAGCAUGGCUGCAAGCAACAAUGAGGAGACAGCGCAGUAUGUCCAUACUUCCUCCCUCCCCGUGCUACACACCACUGCCAGUCGAUAUAUGUACGCGCUCCUGAAAAGCGAUUGAAGUC